ACCAUGAAAUCCCCAACUCUGGAUCGUUCCACUACUCUUCCUCAGCUGUUGAAGUUUCACUACGAGCAUAAUGCAGAUCAAACGCUAUACGUGUACUCAGAGGAUGGAAAGGCCAAUCUCACCGAGAUCAAACAUCUUGAAUUUGGUCGAGCAUGUCAUCGCGCCGCUCAUAUCAUUCGACCACCACACCGUUCCAGCCCAGAUCGUGAAGUGGUAGCAAUCAUAGCUCAGGUAGACACCAUCGUCUAUACAGCGGUAGUAGCAGGUUUGAUGGAAGCAGGUUUGAUUCCUCUCCUGAUCUCUCCUCGUAAUACGCCCGCGGCAAUUGUGAAUCUAUUACAGAAAACUGGUGCCCACCGUGUACUCAGUACGCAAAUCACUUUGCAAGAGCUGCUGCGGAAUGUCAGGACAGAGUUAACGACCUCCAGUGAUACCACCUAUAAUGUAACUUUUGAGGAAAUCCCAGGGUUGUACCAGCUCUUUCCAAAGCUGGGUGCAGAAACACCACAGGAUCCAUUUUUGCCUUAUCCUCCUUCAUCGGAUUUGGGUCCAAAUGAUACCGCUGUCAUUCUGCACUCGUCCGGAAGCACUGGUUUUCCUAAGCCAAUCUCAAUCACUUAUGAAUGCAUCAUCUUGAGCUGGGCAUCUUCAGGCGAGCUUGAUUUCUAUUACAUUUUAGACCUCACAGUAAGCUUAAUAUGCACUGUCAGCAUCUGGGAAUCAAUACCGUGA